AUGUUAUCUGUAGGAUUGAAAGCAGUAGCGCUUACGUUGCUGCUCGGCUCUCGAGCGAAUGCUUCCCCAAACACCCCCACGGCCUCGGCAUGUCGUCAAAUCGCCAAGGCCCUAGGAGAAGGCGUAUUCUUCCCCGACGACACUGAUUACUCCGAGUUGAGCACGAUAAACUGGUCUCAGACGGCAUGGGCUCAACCAGCCUGCAUUGUUUCACCUUCAAAUGCCAGUGAAGUGUCCAAAGUGGUAAAAAUUGCUGUUGCCCAGAAAGCCAGGUUUGCCAUUCGGUCCGGCGGCCAUUCGGCCAAUCCAGGCUAUGCCAAUAUCAACGAUGGGAUCUUGAUUUCACUGGACCGUCUGACUAAGACCGUAUUCGACCCGUCCACUUCAUUGGUUUCAAUCGGACCUGGAAAUAGAUGGGGUGAAGUUUACGAGCACCUUGAACAGUUCAACCGAACCAUGGUUGGCGGACGAGUUCCGACCGUCGGUGUGGGCGGCUUGACACUAGGAAGUGGGCUUUCCUAUCUGACGGAUUUGCAUGGCCUUGCAUGCGAUAAUGUUGUCAGCUACGAGGUUGUCCUCUCCAAUGGAAGCAUUGUUGAAGCGAGCGCUACCUCCAACAAGGAUCUGUUCUGGGGUCUCAAAGGAGGCAUCAACAAUUUCGGGGUCGUAACCGAGUUCAAAUCCCGCACGUAUGUGCUGGAUCGUGUGUGGGGCAGUGUCAGCCUUUACAACGCUUCCCAGAUGCCAGAGGUCCUGCAGGCAGUCAACAAAUACCAGUCUGCACCUAACAAGGAUCUAUAUGCCAACAUGCACAUGAACCUGGCGCCCAUAAACGACAGUAUUGUCUUGACCCUGGUCUACCUGAAGCCGGAACCCCAACCCAAAGCUUUUGCGCCUUUCUAUGCGCUGAAACCUUUGAUGGCCCAGGAUGGUAUCAUGACUCUGAGUCAACUACAGAGUCUUUUCUCACCUGGAGGUUCUCCCCGUUGGGCGCUGCAUGUGACGGGAUUCAAGCCAAGUAGCGCAAUCUACAAGAAGAUUGACGGCAUCUUUCGCACAGCUCCUGAGUUAGACGAUCUCCGCGGUAUUACUGGUGGCAUGAUGGUUGGCACUGUCCAGCCCAUCACCGCCAACGUAGCUCUGGCUGGUCAAUCCCUCGGGGGCAAUGCUCUUGGCCUACAAGCAGUGAACCAGACUUGGCUGGGACUCAGCGCAGCUUGGUGGAGUAAAGACGACGACGCUGCUGCGGAACGUGCUUUGGCGGCAUUCUCCAAGAGGAUCGAGGCCGCCAUCCCAAAGAACAUGAAAGUACCCUACCUGUUCAUGAAUGACGCUGGUCCGAAACAAGAAGUUAUCAAGUCGUAUGGCACGGAUAAUGUGAAGCGUCUGCAGCAGGUCCGGGCCAAGUACGACGCGAGCCUUGUCUUCCAUCAGCUUGUUCCAGGUGGACAGAAGAUUCCCCUGUAA